UCCCCGCGCUGCAGUCCUUGAGGUUGUCACUAAUGAAAGCAGCUCAGCCUGGGAGCCGGAGAGGAGACGUGGGGAAGGAUUUCAUUGGUAUCUCCCAGCCAACGUCAGAAUGGUUAAAAACCCGCUUCCUCUCCCAGCGAGGAGCCUAGCGCAGCUCAGGCCGUAGCUGGUACGGGGCCAGCAAGCCAGGCGGCAUCUGCUCAGCCCCGCUUUCUCUUUGCCUGCGUGCGCGCUAGCCUCGGCCACCAGCUGCCAGCAUCUUCCUCCUCCCGCAUCCUCCAGCAGCAUCCGCUCCGGGUACCAGCCUCCCUUCUCCAUCCACAGGCGUCGCCUCUCCGGGGCAGCGAGGGAGCCCCGCCAGGGACGCAGUGAAGGCGGGCAAGGAGGAGGCUGUUGGGAGAAGCAGACGGAAUGGGCACCGUGCGGGCAGCUCCUUAGGGCUCACGCCGCGGCGCGUCCGGAUCCCCACCCCGCAGAGCCAUGGGGGUGCUGAUGUCCCGGCGCCAGACGGUGGAGCAGGUGCAGAAGGUCAGCCUGGCCGUCUCCGCUUUCAAGGACGGGCUGCGGGAGCGGCCCUCCACCAAGCGCAAGGCGGAGGCGUGGGGCGGGCGCCGGGGGACACUGGAGCACGAGGUGCGGGAGGUGCAGGAGGAGGAGGAAGAGAGGCCGGAGGCCGCUGGCCCCUCGCAGACGCAGCGGGAGGAGAGCCAUGCCAACCGGGCGGCCUGGGAACGGCUGCGGGACGGACGGGGCGUGGAGCCAGAGGAGUUCGACCGCGCCAACCGCUUCACACCGCCGGCCUUCGUCCGGCCCACGCGCGAGCUGCACGAUGACGAGCCGCUGGAGAUCAGCCUGGAGCAACGGGAGCAGGUGAGCAGCGACGAGAUGUGCGAGAUCUGCGAGGUGUGGACGGCGGAGAGCCUGUUCCCCUGCAGGGUGUGCACCCGGGUCUACCACGACGGCUGUCUGCGUCGCAUGGGCUUCCUGCACAACAGCAGCGCCGUGGAGGUGACGGAGACGGCGCACACCGAGACGGGCUGGAGCUGUUACUACUGCGAUAACCUCAACCUCCUGCUGACGGAAGAGGAGAUGUACAGCCUGAUGGAGACCUUCCAGCAAUGCAAGAUCAUCCCCGAGACCUGCCUGAUGCAGGACAGGUUCCUGCACUACAAGCAGCUGGUCCACCAGCGCCACUUGGACAGGCCGAUGAGCGAGGAGCAGGAGGAGCGAGCUGCCCUGCAGUUCUCCGCGCUGGACCCCGACAAGAAGGGCCACGUCGAGUGGCCGGAUUUCCUCUCCCACGAGUCCAUCGUGCUGCUGCAGAAACUCCGGCCACAGAAUUCCCUGCUACGGCUACUGACAGCCAAGGAGCGGGAGCGGGCGCGAGCCACCUUCCUGCCCCUCAACCAGGACGGCCAGGGGCUGAUCAGUGAGGGCGAGUGCCGGAAAGCCCAGCACGCGUGGUUUCGGAAGCACCAGAAGGAGGCCCCGUCCUGCAAUGUCAGCAUCAGCCACGUGGGGCCCAUGUCGGAGAGCAGCCCAGCCAGCAGUGGCAGCAGCCAGAGCCAGGAGAAGACCCUGCUGGGCACAGAGCAGGAGGAAUCCAGCAGGCUUGUCGACUGGCCGACCUUCCUGAAAGAGAGCGUCAUCUACAUCCUCGCCGCCCGCCCCAACAGCGCCGCCAUCCACCUGAAGCCGCUGGCAUAGCCGCUGCCCGGGACAGGGGCCGGGCGAGGGCUCCCAACCUGGACGAUGCAUGAGCGGGCGGGAGGCCGGAUGCACGGAGCCCAGUCCUAGCCAUUGUGUUCUGUAUUCGCCGAGCUUGCAGCCGAAGGAGCUGACAGUCUGCUUCACCCGCCAGAGGGGCGCUCCAGCCUGCUGCCCCAUCUCCCAUGGGCCUCGGGUAGCCACACCCGGCUCCCCUCCCUCACCACGGCCCAGCAGACUUCGGAUGGGUGGAGCGAGGCCCCAAACCCCGCACCACGCCCAGCCACACCCCCAGCUCAGUAGAGUUCUGGUUUCUGAUUGGCUGAGAGGGAGCUGCCCCCCCCACACACACACCCCCACGAAAUUCGGCAGACUUCUGAUUAGUGGAGAGAGGACUGAACACAAACAGUCCAGCACCAUUCUGGCUUCUGACUGGCAGAGAAAGCCCAUGCAAGCCCCCACUUACGCGGCUGGACGGUUCCCAGAGUCGAGGUAGCCCUGUGCCGUCGCGACAGGUUGGCGGACCCCGGUGGCUGUGGACUAACGAGGCCCCUGCUGGCCCGGCAAUGGCACGGGCGUGCCCGGUGGAGAGCAGAGGGAGGCAUGUUGGCUGAGCUGGGGCAGCAAGGCCUGCGGGGCUGCCCUGCCGCUGGCAAGCUGGGCCGGGCACCGUCCCAGCCUCUCCCCUACUCUCUGGGACCCGCCCCCAGACACACGCCAUCCACUUUCACCAAAGGCUCUCAGGGCUGGUCCCCAGCGGCCAGGGCAGUGUUACCCUCUCCGCUCUGCACGGUGGCUCUCGACACCCAUAUUCCAGCCUCCCUGUGUGAGCAGAUCUCCGGCUGGGAGAGCAGCCUGCCGGGGAGCUGGGCAUGGAGCAAGAGCUGAACGCCAUGAGACCCCAGCUAGGACAUGGCAUACCGGGCCUGGGUCACCCCUCACCACCACCACCAGAUCAGCAGUGUGACCGCCGCCACGGAGCUGCUCCUGGUUCACACCCGUCUCCUGGAGAAGAGUCAGACCCUGGUCUCUGUCCGAGCGACAGUCCUGCCCUGGCCGAGAGGGCUGGGUGGGGGACAGGGUGGAUUCAGGGCAGAGCGGCUCCGUGUCCCCAGGAGCGGGCAUGUGGGGAACUGCUUUCCUCAGGCUGGCAAAUACCCGACCCACCGCUGCGGCUGCAUAAACGAGCCACAGAGAACUCCCUUUGAGCAGCUCCACCUCCCGGGUCAGGCGCCAGGUGCUGCUCUGCCAGCCAGGAGGCCCAUCAGGACAAUCCUGAGAGCUGGGCGGUGUGUCGGCUGCUUGUCACGGGGCCGGCUUCCCCUCUCGCUCCCAUCAGUGUCAGCUCCAGUGAAGUGAGUCGGGUUCACUGCGGUGUGGGGGAGGAGGAUCAGGCCCCCUGUGUUUAUGGAACGAGGACGUGGCCGGAGUUGUCGAAGCGUUGCCGCGAACGUAACCUGGCCUCGCCCCGGGAUGUCUUUCUAGAAGACGCUUGCUAGCUCACUCACCAGUACUGGGCUGGAUGCAGGCGUCAUGGGGCGGGGUUAGGCAGGAGGGCAGGCUGGAGGGUCACAGUGGUCCCUUCUGGCCUUGCCAUGCGUGAAGAAGGGAGACGAGUUUCUUGUAUUUCUUAGUCCUCUCAAAGUUGUCAGACGCCAGCUACCUGCCUUGACUACACAGCAUCGCACGUCUGCGAAUUCCGAGCCCUCCGCCAGACUUUAUGGAAUCCGUAGCCACCCGUGACUUCACAGCCAUAAGCCAGGAUAGAAGUCAUGCCCUCCUGCUCCAAAAGCACCGGCCAGUGCCCGGAGUCAAAGAAGAAUCUUCUUUUACUGUUAGCCGUACAGGAGCUAUGUAGGAGCUGAGCAGUUCCAGUUCCACCUACCGGGGGCAACGGUGACACAUGUGCACUAGCUUUGCACAUCUUUCACAGGCACAGUGCGAGCAGCCCCCAUUGGCACUCGGGACCCGAUAGCUGUUCAUAACAGUGCCUCCUGUUCCCUACAAAGAGAAGCCAGUAUUGCACCAUGAUGCAAGAUCAGCAAACUCAUCUGAGACGCUAUCAGGAGGGACCAGAUUUCCACCCCACCCAGCUUACCCACCACAGAACACGGCCGCAGGGACCAGCUACCUUAUCAUAGAAUCAUAGAAUCAUAGAAUAUCAGGGUUGAAAGGGACCCCUGAAGGUCAUCUAGUCCAACCCCCUGCUCGAAGCAGGACCAAUUCCCAGUUAAAUCAUCCCAGCCAGGGCUUUGUCAAGCCUGACCUUAAAAACCUCUAAGGAAGGAGAUUCUACCACCUCCCUAGGUAACGCGUUCCAGUGUUUCACCACCCUCUUAGUGAAAAAGUUUUUCCUAAUAUCCAAUCUAAACCUCCCGCACUGCAACUUGAGACCAUUACUCCUCGUUCUGUCAUCUGCUACCAUUGAGAACAGUCUAGAGCCAUCCUCUUUGGAACCCCCUUUCAGGUAGUUGAAAGCAGCUAUCAAAUCCCCCCUCAUUCUUCUCUUCUGCAGGCUAAACAAUCCCAGCUCCCUCAGCCUCUCCUCAUAAGCCAUGUGUUCUAGACCCCUAAUCAUUUUUGUUGCCCUUUGCUGGACUCUCUCCAAUUUAUCCACAUCCUUCUUGUAGUGUGGGGCCCAAAACUGGACACAGUACUCCAGAUGAGGCCUCACCAAUGUCGAAUAGAGGGGAACGAUCACGUCCCUCGAUCUGCUCGCUAUGCCCCUACUUAUACAUCCCAAAAUGCCAUUGGCCUUCUUGGCAACAAGGGCACACUGCUGACUCAUAUCCAGCUUCUCGUCCACUGUCACCCCUAGGUCCUUUUCCGCAGAAUUGCUGCCUAGUUAUUCGGUCCCUAGUCUGUAGCGGUGCAUUGGAUUCUUCCGUCCAAAGUGCAGGACCCUGCACUUAUCCUUAUUGAACCUCAUCAGAUUUCUUUUGGCCCAAUCCUCCAAUUUGUCUAGGUCCUUCUGUAUCCUAUCCCUCCCCACCAGCGUAUCUACCACUCCUCCCAGUUUAGUAUCAUCCGCAAAUUUGUUGAGAGUGCAAUCCACACCAUCCUCCAGAUCAUUUAUGAAGAUAUUGAACAAAACCGGCCCCAGGACCGACCCUUGGGGCACUCCACUUGAUACCGGCUGCCAACUAGACACGGAGCCAUUGAUCACUACCCGUUGAGCCCGACAAUCUAGCCAGCUUUCUACCCACCUUAUAGUGCAUUCAUCCAGCCCAUACUUCCUUAACUUGCUGACAAGAAUACUGUGGGAGACCGUGUCAAAAGCUUUGCUAAAGUCAAGAAACAAUACAUCCACUGCUUUCCCUUCAUCCGCAGAACCAGUAAUCUCAUCAUAAAAGGCGAUUAGAUUAGUCAGGCAUGACCUUCCCUUGGUGAAUCCAUGCUGGCUGUUCCUGAUCACUUUCCUCUCAUGCAAGUGCAUCAGGAUUGAUUCUUUGAGGACCUGCUCCAUGAUUUUUCCAGGGACUGAGGUGAGGCUGACUGGCCUGUAGUUCCCAGGAUCCUCCUUCUUCCCUUUUUUAAAGAUUGGCACUACAUUAGCCUUUCCCUUGAACCUUCCCCUUGAAUGCAAAGGCGCAGCCUGCCCAGAAUGCAGUGCCUUGACCCAACCCAAGCAGAGGGCACUUGGUUGGAGACAGAGCAUUGCAUGCUGGCAUCUGUAGUCUCCGCGCCUACGUAUUCAUUAGGAAGGUGGCCAUGGACUCCACCGGCUACUUGACCCACAGAUCCCCCACCCCCGAAGCCUAUAAAAGGGCCUGGAUCAGCUUAUGGCAGUGCAUCAGGGGAGCUAGGAACCAGCCUGCAUUCACGAUGUCUAGAGCCGGUACAGGAGCUGUCAGAGUAGCAGCCGUGCUAGUCUGUAUUCGCAAAAAGAAAAGGAGGACUUGUGGCACCCUAGAGACUAACCAAUUUAUUUGAGCAGAAGCUGAGAGCCUGAGAGAGGAGAUCUAUGGUGAGCAACAAGAGGUCACUGGAUCCCUUAGCCUCUGGCAAGGGCAGGGAUCAGAAUCAGCAGGCUUGGGCCUCUCCAGGAGCAGUUCUGGGCAGAACUGAGGUUUGCUCUUGUGCUGUUUCUUCGGGCAGGGAAAGCAGAAGGUGUGAGGCUCCCACAGCAAGAGCUCUCCUGUGUAGACAGAGGCUCCGUGAGCUGCGCCGAGAACAGCAGAGAGGGCCUCCCCCCUCGGCGGGCUCUGCCUCUAAUUAAUAAGCACUUGGCCAUCCCCAGAGCCAGCUGCAUAUGAGCUGAGCGGCUGCAGCAAAUGCUGGCUCAGCUAAGGGGAGAGGGAAAUCGGUCACAGUUCAACCUAGCGGAGAUAAAAUGGCUACAUCAGGCAUGGCCUGCUUCCUGGCCAGGCCCAGCCACCGCCGGAAAUAAAGUCCUUCCUGACAGCUCUGCCUGGAGCACCACAGGACUCAGGAGGGAAUUUCCACCCAUGGGGCAUUGUCACGUGUCGGGGGGUCACUUCGGAAGCACCCGAUUGCCGCCCUUGCCACAGGCAGGAUCCAAGACUUGCCGGAGGCAGGAUCCAACUGUCUGAUUCAGUGUGGCAAAUGCUUUCGCUUUCGCUUUGCUAGAUCGUCCAGUGGGCCUGGCUUGGGAAGGCUGAAAGGAGAGGACACAGCGCCAGAGAUUGCUGGAGGAAUCAAUCCCAUUGUGACGGGAGGGCCUAGGUGCAACCCCACCCCAGCGACAAUGAGUCCAUGGUCACUGUCUGGCCAGUGGGGUCGCUCUGUCUCCUGGGAAGCAGCUCAUGGAUGACCGCUCACUCCAGAUCUUGCAGCUCUCCGUUCUUGGGGGUUCACUGGCCAAUUAGCCUUGUUUCAAGUAUAUUCGGAGCACAACAGCUGUUGGCUUCUCAGGGACCUGCCCAGACCAUCGUCCUGUUUUUAGAAGGAAGCCUGCCCUGCUGCCUGCAACGCCCUCUCCUGCUCCAUCCCCGUCCAUACACUAUAGACUAUAACCUUCCUCGUUACAGGCUUGCCCGAGUCACCGUCUCAGCAGCCCUGCCCCGCGUCCACUGGGACGGUGAAUGUAACCUGGGGCCACACAGGGUGUGCGUGGGGUGGGCCUGGUGUGGGGAGAGGCUGAAGGAUUGCUGCUGCUGAACGUAAAAAAUUCAAGUGCACAGGAGUGACCCAAACAGGAGCCCAACCAUGCUGUCUAUCUAGGGGAUUCCUCUGGCGCCUCUUGUCCUGGUGCGUGGGCACAGACGGCGUGGAGCAACACGCCCAGACUUUGUCACCACACGACUGUUGGCACCUUGCAAACAGCUGGCGAGCUGCACCAACCAUGCCUAACCCGGAGCAGAUUGUGCCCACCCGUACGGCCCCAGAGGAGGUGCAGGUGAGGAGACGACAGGCCCCAGCCCGCAGUGCCCCCCAGAUCAAGGUGGAGCACAACAUCCUGGGACCCACAGUCUCCACGCGCCACAGCCCUGCGUCAGAAAGGAGUGGAGCCGCGGGCUGCAUUGCAACGCACCCUCGGUCACGUUCGGCCCGUGGGCGUCCCAGGCACGGACCACGAUGCUGAGCCAAGGCCGCUCCCCUACCGGUCCUGCUUGUGAAAGCCGUCCCUCCGUGAGGCAGCCCAUUUAACGGUGGCAGAGGGUUAGGGCCAUGGAACUGCCCCAACAGACACCACCCGGGACAUGGCCUGGCGAGAAGCCACGAGAGGCAGCUGCACGUCCGAGCCGGCCCUGCUCUCACACACGCGUCAGCCCCCAGCGGUGCCUUUCCUCCCCGGGGCAGUCGGGAGCAGCGCUUGCAGUGGGUCCAAGGCUCUCAGGCAGCUCUCGCAGCCGGUGUGCCAGGGACGAGCUGCACGUCCGAGCCGGCCCUGCUCUCACACACGCGUCAGCCCCCAGCAGUGCCUUUCCUCCCCGGGGCAGUCGGGAGCAGCGCUUGCAGUGGGUCCAAGGCUCUCAGGCAGCUCUCGCAGCCGGUGUGCCAGGGACGAGUGCUCCUCGUACUCUCACUCCAGGGCUGGCACAUCGCCGAGUGCACUUCAGGAUUGAAAUGAGGGCAGCAGGAGAGCGCACUUACCAGGCAGGGAUAAUAUACGGGGGGUUCCCUCCAAGAGGCCCACUGCUGAGUUAAUGGGCCAGAGGAGACACGGGCAAAGGAAAGCUCAGGGACCCGGGGGCAGGUAGCUUCCUGGAUCUUUCUGCUUGAGCCCAGGAGAUAACCAAAUGGGGAGCUAUCCCCAUGCACCCAGGGGAUUUAGACAUGUUCUCUAUUGAUAUGAGGGCAGUCCUGUAUCUGUACCCUCUGCGCCGCCCUGACGCCCUCAGCCUGCUUCUCUCUGGCUGGUGACCCAGGGUGAUGCUCCAGCCCUGGGCAAUGAAGGCUGCCCUUCGUUUGCGGGAAAUGGAGCUGCGUGCAGCCUCCACCUUUAACAGAGGCCCGACCUGCGGAGACUACGCGUCCCAACAUGCCUUGCAGCCUGUGCACGGCUGGGAAGUGUCGUCUCCGGGGGCCUGUGGUGGUGAGCCCCACGGGCUGGCUGGGGACACAGGUCUCGCUUGGCUCGCUGGGUAACAAGUGCAUGGGUUACACCCAGCCAGCCAGGCCGCGUGGAGGCCAGGGUCAGGGGGGGCAGAGCCAGUCAGUUACCAAAUUCCCACACCCCAUGUGGCAGCUGGGGGGCACUGGACAGGUAAAGGGGCCCGUUCCCCUGCGCCUUGUGUGGAGCCCGACCCUUCUGCCUGGGCUGCAUUUUACCCCCGCUUUGCACAGGUGCCAAUGGCUGCAGCGGGAGCGGGGAGCAUGGGGGAGUCAGCCCCCCAGGUUUGCUGAGACAGCCCCAUGGCCUGCUGUCAGUGGGACCGGGGCAACGGCUGGUCAUUGGGAGGUGCCGCGAGGCGUGAGAAGGGCUGUGCAGCGAGAUGUGUUCAUUAAACAGCUGUGUCCAACCUC